AUGUCGAAAUUUGUGCCGAAAUCGGGUAUAGUUAACAAACAAUUGGUGAAGAAGUUUGCUAAUCAACUUGGAAAUCAUGAAAAAUUGCUGGUAAUCACAGGAGCAGGCAUUUCAACAGAAUCCGGUAGGUAUUUUGAUUGAAUUGAAUAGAAAACAUGUUUUUUUGUAUUUUUGGCAAAAAAAAAAUAAAGAGGUUUUAGGGAUCCCGGAUUAUCGAUCGGAAGGUGUUGGACUCUAUGCAAGAUCAAAUCAUCGGCCAAUAAUUCAUAGCAAUUUUAUGAAAUCGGCUGAUGUUAGGCAACGAUAUUGGGCUCGAAAUUUUUUGGCUUGGCCAAAUUUCAGUCAAGCAAAAUGCAAUUCAAAUCACUACGAGGUAGCGAAUUGGGAAUUAUCAGAUAGAUUUACAUGGUUGAUCACUCAAAAUGUUGAUGGGUUACACCUAAAGUGAGUUUUUUUUUAAUUUUAUUAUUUAUUUUCAUCAAAGUUCUUUUACAUAGAGCCGGCUCAAAAAUGGUCACAGAAUUGCACGGUUCUGGAAGUUAUGUGCGAUGUAUGGAAUGUGAUUAUGUGGAGCAUCGAGACGAUUUGCAGAAAAGAAUGUUGGAGAAAAAUGCACAAUUUAUGGAGAAAUAUACGAAUCCUGGAGAGAUGGCGCCAGAUGGAGAUGUGAUGAUUGAAGCAGGAGCGGAGAAAGUGGGUAAUUUUUUGUUGAAGAGGCGUUUGUAAAGAAUUUUUGAACACCUGACAUCAUAACUUCAAAAAUGUUGUUGUAUUCUUGGUUUGUGAUACGGUGGCUGUAAAGAUAGCGCCGGGGUUAACAAACACAAAUAUUGAUCAGAAUGGUAAAUAAAAGCUCGUAAAAUAACAGAGCUUUGUGCUUUACGGGAGUUCAUGAAGCUCAAAUUCACAAUGGUGGAAAAAUUGGGAACUCUGACUAACAAGAAAAUCUUUUUUACUCAACACUUCAAACCUUGAUGAAAUUUUGUCCAUGGCUUCUGGGGUCAUAAAAGGAACCUUAAAAAUGUUAGUUUCCCUCUGCGCCAAGUUCUGGGCUCUCAAAAUUUCAGAAAUUGCCAACUUUUUUUUCGUUGAAAAAUUUGUAAAUCUGGAAGGUCUUCCAGUUUUACAAAUCCAUAAACAUCGAGCCAAAUUUUAUGAUUUUAGGCUUAAAAUGAUUGAAAUUCAUUUGUUGAGCAUUUAUUGAGUACUGUCUAAAAAAAAUUAUAUUUUUUUGAGCAAAUUUUUUUUCGUUCAAAAAUUUGUAAAUCUGGAAGGUCUUCCAGUUUUACAAAUCCAUCAAUUUCGAACCAAAUUUCAAUAUUUUAGGCUUAAAAUGAUUGAAAUUCAUUUGUUGAGCAUUUAUUGAGUACUCUCCAAAGAAAAUUAUAUUUUUUUGAUCAACUUUUUUUUCGUCAAAAAUUUGUAAAUCUGGAAGGUCUUCCAGUUUUACAAAUCCAUCAUCUUCGAACCAAAUUUCAAGAUUUUAGGCUUAAAAUGAUUGAAAUUCAUUUGUUGAGCAUUUAUUGAGUACUGUCUAAAGAACAUUAUAUUUUUUUGAGCAAAUUUUUUUUCGUUCAAAAAUUUGUAAAUCUGGAAGGUCUUCCAGUUUUACAAAUGCAUCAUUUUCUAACCAAAUUUCAAGAUUUUAGGCUUAAAAUGAUUGAAAUUCAUUUGUUGAGCAAUUAUUGAGUACUGUCUAAAGAAAAUUAUAUUUUUUUGAGCAACUUUUUUUCGUCAAAAAUUUGUAAAUCUGGAAGGUCUUCCAGUUUUACAAAUCCAUCAUUUUCUAACCAAAUUUCAAGAUUUUAGGCUUAAAAUGAUUGAAAUUCAUUUGUUGAGCAAUUAUUGAGUACUGUCUAAAGAAAAUAUUAUAUUUUUUUGAUCAACUUUUUUUCGUCAAAAAUUUGUAAAUCUGGAAGGUCUUCCAGUUUUACAAAUCCAUCAUUUUCGAACCAAAUUUCAAGAUUUUAGGCUUAAAAUGAUUGAAAUUCAUUUGUUGAGCAUUUAUUGAGUACUGUCUAAAGAACAUUAUAUUUUUUGAGCAAAUUUUUUUUCGUUCAAAAAUUUGUAAAUCUGGAAGGUCUUCCAGUUUUACAAAUGCAUCAUUUUCUAACCAAAUUUCAAGAUUUUAGGCUUAAAAUGAUUGAAAUUCAUUUGUUGAGCAAUUAUUGAGUACUGUCUAAAGAAAAUUAUAUUUUUUUGAGCAACUUUUUUUUUCGUCAAAAAUUUGUAAAUCUGGAAGGUCUUCCAGUUUUACAAAUCCAUCAUUUUCUAACCAAAUUUCAAGAUUUUAGGCUUAAAAUGAUUGAAAUUCAUUUGUUGAGCAAUUAUUGAGUACUGUCUAAAGAAAAUAUUAUAUUUUUUUGAUCAACUUUUUUUCGUCAAAAAUUUGUAAAUCUGGAAGGUCUUCCAGUUUUACAAAUCCAUCAUUUUCGAACCAAAUUUCAAGAUUUUAGGCUUAAAAUGAUUGAAAUUCAUUUGUUGAGCAAUUAUUGAGUACUGUCUAAAGAAAAUAUUAUAUUUUUUUGAGCAACUUUUUUUCGUCAAAAAUUUGUAAAUCUGGAAGGUCUUCCAGUUUUACAAAUGCAUCAUUUUCUAACCAAAUUUCAAGAUUUUAGGCUUAAAAUGAUUGAAAUUCAUUUGUUGAGCAAUUAUUGAGUACUGUCUAAAGAAAAUAUUAUAUUUUUUUGAUCAACUUUUUUCGUCAAAAAUUUGUAAAUCUGGAAGGUCUUCCAGUUUUACAAAUCCAUCAUUUUCGAACCAAAUUUCAAGAUUUUAGGCUUAAAAUGAUUGAAAUUCAUUUGUUGAGCAAUUACUGAGUACUGUCUAAAGAAAAUAUUAUAUUUUUUUGAUCAACUUUUUUUUCGUCAAAAAUUUGUAAAUCUGGAAGGUCUUCCAGUUUUACAAAUGCAUCAUUUUCUAACCAAAUUUCAAGAUUUUAGGCUUAAAAUGAUUGAAAUUCAUUUGUUGAGCAAUUAUUGAGUACUGUCUAAAGAACAUUAUAUUUUUUUGAGCAACUUUUUUUUCGUCAAAAAUUUGUAAAUCUGGAAGGUCUUCCAGUUUUACAAAUGCAUCAUUUUCUAACCAAAUUUCAAGAUUUUAGGCUUAAAAUGAUUGAAAUUCAUUUGUUGAGCAAUUAUUGAGUACUGUCUAAAGAAAAUAUUAUAUUUUUUUGAUCAACUUUUUUUCGUCAAAAAUUUGUAAAUCUGGAAGGUCUUCCAGUUUUACAAAUCCAUCAUUUUCGAACCAAAUUUCAAGAUUUUAGGCUUAAAAUGAUUGAAAUUCAUUUGUUGAGCAAUUAUUGAGUACUGUCUAAAGAAAAUAUUAUAUUUUUUUGAUCAACUUUUUUUCGUCAAAAAUUUGUAAAUCUGGAAGGUCUUCCAGUUUUACAAAUCCAUCAUUUUCGAACCAAAUUUCAAGAUUUUAGGCUUAAAAUGAUUGAAAUUCAUUUGUUGAGCAAUUAUUGAGUACUGUCUAAAGAAAAUAUUAUAUUUUUUUGAGCAACUUUUUUUUCGUCAAAAAUUUGUAAAUCUGGAAGGUCUUCCAGUUUUACAAAUCCAUCAUUUUCGAACCAAAUUUCAAGAUUUUAGGCUUAAAAUGAUUGAAAUUCAUUUGUUGAGCAAUUAUUGAGUACUGUCUAAAGAAAAUUAUAUUUUUGAGCAACUUUUUUCGUCAAAAAUUUGUAAAUCUGGAAGGUCUUCCAGUUUUACAAAUCCAUCAUUUUCGAACCAAAUUUCAAGAUUUUAGGCUUAAAAUGAUUGAAAUUCAUUUGUUGAGCAUUUAUUGAGUACUGUCUAAAGAACAUUAUAUUUUUUUGAGCAAAUUUUUUUUCGUUCAAAAAUUUGUAAAUCUGGAAGGUCUUCCAGUUUUACAAAUGCAUCAUUUUCUAACCAAAUUUCAAGAUUUUAGGCUUAAAAUGAUUGAAAUUCAUUUGUUGAGCAAUUAUUGAGUACUGUCUAAAGAAAAUUAUAUUUUUUUGAGCAACUUUUUUUUCGUCAAAAAUUUGUAAAUCUGGAAGGUCUUCCAGUUUUACAAAUCCAUCAUUUUCUAACCAAAUUUCAAGAUUUUAGGCUUAAAAUGAUUGAAAUUCAUUUGUUGAGCAAUUAUUGAGUACUGUCUAAAGAAAAUAUUAUAUUUUUUUGAUCAACUUUUUUCGUCAAAAAUUUGUAAAUCUGGAAGGUCUUCCAGUUUUACAAAUCCAUCAUUUUCUAACCAAAUUUCAAGAUUUUAGGCUUAAAAUGAUUGAAAUUCAUUUGUUGAGCAAUUAUUGAGUACUGUCUAAAGAAAAUAUUAUAUUUUUUUGAUCAACUUUUUUCGUCAAAAAUUUGUAAAUCUGGAAGGUCUUCCAGUUUUACAAAUCCAUCAUUUUCGAACCAAAUUUCAAGAUUUUAGGCUUAAAAUGAUUGAAAUUCAUUUGUUGAGCAAUUAUUGAGUACUGUCUAAAGAAAAUAUUAUAUUUUUUUGAUCAACUUUUUUUCGUCAAAAAUUUGUAAAUCUGGAAGGUCUUCCAGUUUUACAAAUCCAUCAUUUUCGAACCAAAUUUCAAGAUUUUAGGCUUAAAAUGAUUGAAAUUCAUUUGUUGAGCAAUUAUUGAGUACUGUCUAAAGAAAAUAUUAUAUUUUUUUGAGCAACUUUUUUUUCGUCAAAAAUUUGUAAAUCUGGAAGGUCUUCCAGUUUUACAAAUGCAUCAUUUUCUAACCAAAUUUCAAGAUUUUAGGCUUAAAAUGAUUGAAAUUCAUUUGUUGAGCAAUUAUUGAGUACUGUCUAAAGAAAAUAUUAUAUUUUUUUGAUCAACUUUUUUUCGUCAAAAAUUUGUAAAUCUGGAAGGUCUUCCAGUUUUACAAAUCCAUCAUUUUCGAACCAAAUUUCAAGAUUUUAGGCUUAAAAUGAUUGAAAUUCAUUUGUUGAGCAAUUAUUGAGUACUGUCUAAAGAAAAUAUUAUAUUUUUUUGAGCAACUUUUUUUUUUCGUCAAAAAUUUGUAAAUCUGGAAGGUCUUCCAGUUUUACAAAUCCAUCAUUUUCUAACCAAAUUUCAAGAUUUUAGGCUUAAAAUGAUUGAAAUUCAUUUGUUGAGCAAUUAUUGAGUACUGUCUAAAGAAAAUAUUAUAUUUUUUUGAUCAACUUUUUUUUCGUCAAAAAUUUGUAAAUCUGGAAGGUCUUCCAGUUUUACAAAUCCAUCAUUUUCGAACCAAAUUUCAAGAUUUUAGGCUUAAAAUGAUUGAAAUUCAUUUGUUGAGCAAUUAUUGAGUACUGUCUAAAGAAAAUAUUAUAUUUUUUUGAUCAACUUUUUUUCGUCAAAAAUUUGUAAAUCUGGAAGGUCUUCCAGUUUUACAAAUCCAUCAUUUUCGAACCAAAUUUCAAGAUUUUAGGCUUAAAAUGAUUGAAAUUCAUUUGUUGAGCAAUUAUUGAGUACUGUCUAAAGAAAAUAUUAUAUUUUUUUGAGCAACUUUUUUCGUCAAAAAUUUGUAAAUCUGGAAGGUCUUCCAGUUUUACAAAUCCAUCAUUUUCGAACCAAAUUUCAAGAUUUUAGGCUUAAAAUGAUUGAAAUUCAUUUGUUGAGCAAUUAUUGAGUACUGUCUAAAGAAAAUAUUAUAUUUUUUUGAGCAACUUUUUUUCGUCAAAAAUUUGUAAAUCUGGAAGGUCUUCCAGUUUUACAAAUCCAUCAUUUUCGAACCAAAUUUCAAGAUUUUAGGCUUAAAAUGAUUGAAAUUCAUUUGUUGAGCAAUUAUUGAGUACUGUCUAAAGAAAAUAUUAUAUUUUUUUGAGCAACUUUUUUUCGUCAAAAAUUUGUAAAUCUGGAAGGUCUUCCAGUUUUACAAAUCCAUCAUUUUCGAACCAAAUUUCAAGAUUUUAGGCUUAAAAUGAUUGAAAUUCAUUUGUUGAGCAAUUAUUGAGUACUGUCUAAAGAAAAUUAUAUUUUUUUGAGCAACUUUUUUUCGUCAAAAAUUUGUAAAUCUGGAAGGUCUUCCAGUUUUACAAAUCCAUCAUUUUCGAACCAAAUUUCAAGAUUUUAGGCUUAAAAUGAUUGAAAUUCAUUUGUUGAGCAUUUAUUGAGUACUGUCUAAAGAACAUUAUAUUUUUUUGAGCAAAUUUUUUCGUUCAAAAAUUUGUAAAUCUGGAAGGUCUUCCAGUUUUACAAAUGCAUCAUUUUCUAACCAAAUUUCAAGAUUUUAGGCUUAAAAUGAUUGAAAUUCAUUUGUUGAGCAAUUAUUGAGUACUGUCUAAAGAAAAUUAUAUUUUUUUGAGCAACUUUUUUUCGUCAAAAAUUUGUAAAUCUGGAAGGUCUUCCAGUUUUACAAAUGCAUCAUUUUCUAACCAAAUUUCAAGAUUUUAGGCUUAAAAUGAUUGAAAUUCAUUUGUUGAGCAAUUAUUGAGUACUGUCUAAAGAAAAUAUUAUAUUUUUUUGAUCAACUUUUUUUCGUCAAAAAUUUGUAAAUCUGGAAGGUCUUCCAGUUUUACAAAUCCAUCAUUUUCGAACCAAAUUUCAAGAUUUUAGGCUUAAAAUGAUUGAAAUUCAUUUGUUGAGCAAUUAUUGAGUACUGUCUAAAGAAAAUAUUAUAUUUUUUUGAUCAACUUUUUUCGUCAAAAAUUUGUAAAUCUGGAAGGUCUUCCAGUUUUACAAAUGCAUCAUUUUCUAACCAAAUUUCAAGAUUUUAGGCUUAAAAUGAUUGAAAUUCAUUUGUUGAGCAAUUAUUGAGUACUGUCUAAAGAACAUUAUAUUUUUUUGAGCAACUUUUUUUUCGUCAAAAAUUUGUAAAUCUGGAAGGUCUUCCAGUUUUACAAAUGCAUCAUUUUCUAACCAAAUUUCAAGAUUUUAGGCUUAAAAUGAUUGAAAUUCAUUUGUUGAGCAAUUAUUGAGUACUGUCUAAAGAAAAUAUUAUAUUUUUUUGAUCAACUUUUUUUCGUCAAAAAUUUGUAAAUCUGGAAGGUCUUCCAGUUUUACAAAUCCAUCAUUUUCGAACCAAAUUUCAAGAUUUUAGGCUUAAAAUGAUUGAAAUUCAUUUGUUGAGCAAUUAUUGAGUACUGUCUAAAGAAAAUAUUAUAUUUUUUUGAUCAACUUUUUUUUUUCGUCAAAAAUUUGUAAAUCUGGAAGGUCUUCCAGUUUUACAAAUCCAUCAUUUUCGAACCAAAUUUCAAGAUUUUAGGCUUAAAAUGAUUGAAAUUCAUUUGUUGAGCAAUUAUUGAGUACUGUCUAAAGAAAAUAUUAUAUUUUUUUGAGCAACUUUUUUCGUCAAAAAUUUGUAAAUCUGGAAGGUCUUCCAGUUUUACAAAUCCAUCAUUUUCGAACCAAAUUUCAAGAUUUUAGGCUUAAAAUGAUUGAAAUUCAUUUGUUGAGCAAUUAUUGAGUACUGUCUAAAGAAAAUUAUAUUUUUUUGAGCAACUUUUUUUCGUCAAAAAUUUGUAAAUCUGGAAGGUCUUCCAGUUUUACAAAUCCAUCAUUUUCGAACCAAAUUUCAAGAUUUUAGGCUUAAAAUGAUUGAAAUUCAUUUGUUGAGCAUUUAUUGAGUACUGUCUAAAGAACAUUAUAUUUUUUUGAGCAACUUUUUUUUCGUCAAAAAUUUGUAAAUCUGGAAGGUCUUCCAGUUUUACAAAUCCAUCAUUUUCGAACCAAAUAUCAAGAUUUUAGGCUUAAAAUGAUUGAAAUUCAUUUGUUGAGCAAUUAUUGAGUACUGUCUAAAGAAAAUUAUAUUUUUUUGAGCAAAUUUUUUUUCGUUCAAAAAUUUGUAAAUCUGGAAGGUCUUCCAGUUUUACAAAUCUAUCAAAUGAAUCUAGAACUUAUGUAAAGCUUACAUUUAGGAUCAGUGAGAUUCCAAUUAACAUUUUUUUUUUCAAAUCUUUUUUAGAGAUUUAUAAACUUUCAAAACCUUAACCCUUUAGAUUUUUCAUAUGAUCUUCUCCUAAAAACCAAUCCAUUUUACCAACCGUAGAAAAAAUAUCAUGUCAGACUGAAAUUGAUUUUUCAUCUUAAAAACAAACUGAGAAUGCCAAGAAGCCUUUUUCCAGGAAUUUGUCGUCUGCAAUUGUCCGGAAUGUUCAGGAAUCAUCAAAACUGAUGUGGUAUUCUUUGGUGAUUUUGUGCCUCGAACAAUCGUUGAUUUUUGCCAUGAAAAAGUUGAUGAAUGUGAUGCGAUUCUAGUCCUUGGAUCAUCUCUUUCAGUUAUGUCUAGUUAUCGAUUUGUUCAUCAGGUAUUUUCAAUUUUUUUUUCAAAAAAAUCAUGUUUUUUCCAGGCAAAUCUGCAAAACAAGCCAAUCUACAUUGUCAAUAUUGGUCCAACAAGAGCUGACAAAAUAGCUACAAUGAAAUUAGAUUUUAAAAUUUCCGAUGUUAUUGCUCAUAUUUGA